AUGCCGUCCUUCUUCGCUCCUGGCCUCCAGGGCCUCCCUCCUACCCCUCCCCAUAUCACCACCGGUGGCAGCAUGGAAAACGAGCCUCCUUUCUACGUCGUCGGCCACUCCGCCUUCCCUCCUCGUUACUCCCAGAGUGGUUGUGAGUUCAUCGAACAGUAUUCCCAGUCGGCCUGCUACGCGAAGCCCGCCCCGAUGAACCUCCAUCCAUCCGCCGCUCACACCCUUCGUAACGGGAGGGAGAUGGCCGCCGCCCAUACCGCGUUGAAUCAGCCCAUGUUCGGCCCUCUACCCACCGCCAAUGUGCUGCCUCCCAUCCGUUCCAACGUGCAGUUGCCACCGAUGGACAAUGCGAUCCCGCCGCAGUAUCGUCGCCCCGACGUGAUGGUGCAGCCCGAACAGCCCCCGCGCAAAGAGGAGAAGGCCACCGGAGGUGUCGCCGCCCACCUGGAUUAUGAGAUGGACCAAAUGGCCGACUUUGUGGCUGAGAUGGCCCAGGGAAUGUAUGCUUUGUACAUCACCGAGAUCAACCUAUCAGAUAUUGACUUCGCGCGAAGCGUCUACCCAGGAUCGUCUGUUCCCCCGCAAUUCCGGAAAUACGUCUUUCAAAUUUUGUCAUCGACUCGCCUCCCGAGCUCGACCAUCCUUCUGGGUCUCUACUACCUCGCCUGCCGGAUGCGCAUGCUUUCUGCCAAGAAGGUCUUUGCCACCGGCAGUGGACAAGUCUACCGUAUGCUCACGGUGGCUCUCCUUCUGGGGAGCAAGUUCCUGGAUGACAACACCUUCCAGAACAAAUCGUGGGCCGAGGUGAGCAACAUCCCUGUGAGUGAGCUCAACUCGAUGGAACUCGAAUGGCUCUUUGCGUUCGAGUGGAAGAUCCAUGACCGCAUCUACGAUUCGCAGGAUGGGUUCGCCUCCUGGCGCUCUCAUUGGGAGAAGUGGCAGGCCAAGUUCGCCCGGGCUCAGGAGACCCGUCACAACCUGGUUCCCAUUGACACCAACGUCACGCGCGGGUCGAGAGUCUCCAAGCCUCUCAUGUCUCCCGAGGGUCCCAUCCCGCCGCAGUACCAGCGCAGCUCCCAUUUCGAGACCUCGUGGCUGAACCCUGCGGCGUCGGAGUAUUCGCCUCCCUCUGCCCCGCACAGUGGACCGACGACGCCUGAUUACUAUUCGGUUGGUCCCUGGGCGUAUACAAACCCCCCGCCGCCAUACUCGCGCACAUGGAUUCCUCCCCAGCAGUCCUACAUUCCGCAGCCUCGCUCGCAACCCCCGUCGUACCACCACACCCCGGCGUACGCCCUGCCGUUUGCCCAGAGCGUGUGGACCGGCCACGGCUCGUCAUGUGGGUGUAUGUACUGCGCCAAACAUAUGGAGCACUACAUGUGUGCGGGCGCUUUCGGAUCCAUGCAGCCCAUCGUGGCCUAA